AUGGCGCCCUCAGCCUGCAGACGAUUGACUGGAGGAAACGUUGACUACCAGGUGAUUAUCGUAGUACAAGCGGCCAUCCAGAGGCGGAAUGCAGGAGAGGGCUCAGGCCGAGCUUAAGGAAGGGUUGGAGACACAAUCCUGUGGCCUGGCUAUCAGGAGAACAAGGGGGUACCGAGUCCGUCGGGAGACCGGCACGGGAACGCCCGGAAGGGGCGGGGCUUACUGCCCGUACCGGAAAACCCGGAUCGGGAAGCGACAAGGCGGGCCAGAUUUGAGCCGAGUGGGCGUGGCCACUGCGGUGCGGUUUGGAGGCGGGACCUGUAGGAACCUGGGGCCCAGCUGGAAGGGGAAAGGGUUGAGGAACCGGGCCUGGGACUGGAGGAUCCACGUCUAGCGGGGUACUGAGGCAGCGGGGACACCUGGCCGAGCUCUGCCACCAUCUCGCUCUGCCCUCCUUUCGUUCCUCGCGCCGCUAGCCCUAGACUCCAAGGCCCUCUUAUCCUUGUGAGCUCUGCCCUCGGAUGUCCGACCGCCUAGAGCCUGCAUGCGCCGUGGGGCGCCCCAGGACCAGGAGGGUGGUGGGGGUCCGGGGGCCCCUGGGCGGGGGUCCCGGAGCUCCUCUCCUCCUCGAGGACCCGUUGUCCCGGUGCUCGUCUUUCCCCCCGAUCUAGUAUUUAGAGCGGACCAAAGGGGAGUGGACCCCGGACAGCUGCUGACCCUCUACAACCCCACGGAAACUGCGCUUCGCUUCCGAGUUCUGUGUACAGCAGCCUGCCCAAAUAUAGCGGUAUUCGAUGCAGAAGGAUAUGUGAAGCCGCAGUCUUGCAUUGACAUUGUGAUCCGGCAUGUGCCCCCAAUCCCCAGCCACUAUGAUGUCCAGGACCGGUUCCGAAUUGAUCUGUCAGAGGAGGGAGCUGAGGGACGUGUGGUGGGCCGAAAAGACAUCACCUCUGUUCUUCGGGCACCAGCGUACCCCCUGGAGCUUCAGGGACAUUCUGAGCCAACGCCCAAUCCAGGGCCUCCUGUGUGGACAGGACCAACCCCAGCCAGACACCUUCAGAGGAGUCCCCCCCAGCAGCUGGCCACCAUCUUCCUGCUCUUCUUGCUGACAGGCAUCAUCUCCGUGGCCUUCCUGCUGCUAGCCCCUGCAGGACGAGCUUGGGCAAGCCAGCUGCCUCAGGUUACUUGCAUGUGUCCCCUGGGACAGAAGCUGGUGGCAGCGUACAUUCUUAGUGGCAUGGUAGAGGAGCACCUGGGCCCACCUCCAAAGGAAGGACGGGGAGGAAGGCUCCUGCAUGGACUCCCUUCCUUUUCCCUACCCGCAGGCCUCCUCACCAUGGUGUUUCCUCCGGACCUGAGCUCCCAGCUGGACCCAGCCCACCCACCCUCCUCCUUCGCAGGCAGGGACCUGAGGCAGCCACUGUGA